AACGCAGCUACGGCCGCAGUGCACCCGCUGGUGCUGCUGAACAUCUCAGAGCACGCGACGCGCACGCUGGCGCAGACCAAGCACGGCAAGCAGGAGCCCGGGCUUGUGUGCGGGGCCCUACUGGGGCGGCAGAAGGAGAGCCGUACCGAGCUGUUCCACUCGUUUGAGCUGGUGUUCCGGCAGCCGCGCAACGACGGCACGUACGAGCUUGACAGCACCCACUACCUGAAGCGCAUGGACCACAUGCGGCAGAUUUUCCCCGAGGACGACCUUGUUGGGUGGUACUUUGUGUCGUCCAGCCUGCGGGUGACGCGGCUGAUGUGUACGCUGCACCAGCAGAUCAUGAAUCUGAAUGCAACACCGCUGCUCCUGGUGUUUGACGCGGCAAUGGCGGGGGAGGGCGACGAGGAGGGCGGCAGCAGUGGGCUGGCUCUGCCGGUGGCCGUCAAUACACCAGCCAACGACCAAAUCGCAUGGGCAUCGCGCCUGGAGCCGCUACGGAUCGCUGUAGAGACCGGUGAGGCCGAGCGCGUGGCCAUUGAUCAUGUGGCGAACACACUGGCAGAUGCAUCCAAGAUCGCUAUGUUCCUGACCGGCCAGCGCAACGCACUGGAGAUGCUGCACAAGGACAUCCGUAUUCUUCAGGCGUAUGUUUCCCAGGUCAUCGCUGGUACGGCGCCGUACGACCCUGACGUGCUGCAGCUGGUGAAGCGCGUGCUGUGCAACAGGCCUGUGGUGCUGGACGAUGCACUGUUCAACAAGGCGAUGGCGCAGGAAGAGACCAACUACGAGAUUGCCGCGUACCUAGGCGCCAUCACCAGCGCUGUGGGCUCCGUGCGCAAUGUGGCCCAGCGU